AUGGCAGACAACACCCCCAGACGUUCAAAUGGCCACUCCCGAUCCAAACAAUGCCCAGAAGUAGUGGAGUUACUGGGGUUAAUUAGUGGAGACAACUCAGAGGUGGAAGAUUUGUCAGACAUCGAUGAUGUAGUGGGGGAUCCUGAAUUUCAACCCUCACAACAGGAGCCAAGCGGCAGUGAGGAGGACAGUAGUGGGUGUGAGGACCCAUUUGCGCAGCCCUCUAAGCCUAUCAGCGGACGUAAACGUCUCCGUGAUGAACAUAAAGGAUAUCGUUCAGAUCGUGACAUCGCCAGAUCACGCGCUCCCAAACGUCGCUCUCAGACACAGCAGGAUGAGGCUGAUGUCUCAAACAAUGUCCCUGAAGAGACAACACCAGGACCAAGCCAUCAAGAGCAGUCCAAGAAAGCGCGUGAGAUGCGAUGGACGGCUUCUCCGCUAACACCAAAACAAGCCCAGUUUGAGCAUGAGGAGGAAACUGCGCAGGACAGAGAGGACUGGACCCCACUGGACUACAUUGAACAGUAUAUUGAUAAAGAUUUGAUGAAAAUGAUUGCAGAUUGCUCUAAUGCUACGUCACUGGCUAGAAGUGGGUACACACUCAACACAUCAACUGACGAAAUUUAUCAUUUUUUUGGUGCCUGUAUUUGGAUGUCUUGUGUACCAUAUCCUGCAAUUAGGAUGUACUGGUCCAACGGCUUGAGAUUCCCUGCCGUCACUGAAAAGUUCACACGUGACAGAUUUUUCAGACUGAGGCGAUCACUCAAAGUGCUCAUUGAUUAUGACGUUCCGGAGCAUCGGAGAGAGCGUGAUAAAUUCUGGAAGGUGAGGCCUUUUCUGGACCGCAUUCUGAAAGGAUGCAAAUCUCAGGCUCGACCAGAAUGCGUUUCCAUUGAUGAGCAGAUGAUUCCAUUCACAGGAGUUUGUCCGUAUCGACAAUAUAUACCAAUGAAACCAAAUCCAGUUGGCGUGAAAAACUUUGUUUGCGCAACAGCAGAUGGUAUUGUGCUGGACUUUGACCUUUAUCAAGGUGCAGAUGCACUCCUUGAGCAGGUUGAAGAACCAGAGGAUCUGGGUUUGGGAAGCUUGGUGAUAGAUCGUCUGUCUCAAACUCUGCGUCCUAAUACAAAUGUUUACUGUGAUCAGUUCUUCACAUCCGUCCAAGCUGUGGAACACAUGAUGAAGAAGCAGAUGUAUGUAACUGGUACAGUUAUGAGGAAUCGGAUCUCUGCAGCAGUGCAGAAGCUACCAACUGACAAAGAAAUGAAAAAGGACGGAAGAGGUACCUCAGCACAAGUUACCACUGAGGAUGGAAAGAUUUGCGUAGUAAAGUGGUAUGACAAUAAACCGGUAUUGAUGAUGUCUGCUGUUCAUGGUAGAGAGCCAGAAAACACCUGCCAGAGAUGGGACAAAAAACAGAAACGAUAUGUGACCAUCCCGCGACCAAGUAUUAUCCAUGAAUACAACUCCAAGAUGGGUGGAGUUGACCUUGUUGAUAGAAUGAUGAGUUACUAUCGCAUGAAUGGCCGUACAAAGAAAUGGACACUGAGGAUGCUAAUGCACUUUACAGAUCUGGCUUUAGCCAACAGCUGGCUACUGUACCGCAAGGACCUCAAUCUAUGUGGCACACCAAAGAAAAACAUCAUGCAGUUCCUUGAAUUUCGAAUGGAAGUGGCCAUGACCUUCUUGAGUCAGCGUGACAAUGACAACAACAACUCUGACUUUUCAGAGCUGGAAGAUGACCCAGACAUUUUAGUCCAAGGGAAAAAAAGUCCAGUGAAGGCAGUCCCCCAUGUCUCAAUCCGCAGGCGGGCUAAUGCACAUCUGCCAGAGGCAGUAGACUUGAAGAAUGCAGCGCGCUGCAGAGCAAAAGGCUGCUCAGGGAAAACUCGAGUGCAGUGUGGUACAUGCAAGGUUUUCCUCUGCUUACAGGCAGGUCGCAACUGUUACAGAGCCUUUCACACGUAGGUGUAAACAUGUUCCAACGGGGGAAAAAAUAGUUUGAAAGUCUUUGUUACAGACAUACGUCUUUCUGCAACUGUUUUGCAGUACUUCAAAUGAGCCAUAUUGCUCAGCACAAUUGUUCUGUCUCAUUUUGUUUUUGCACUCAGGAAAAUACUGCUGUGUUCUGGCACCAAAUAAAUAGUUUAGCACAUCAUUACUUAAUUGUGACUUUAUUGGUUUCUAUCUAAAUUUAAAACUAAUGUCCUCAUAUGUGGACAUCAUUUUUCUCAGAAACUAUGUAAAAAGAUAAUUCUUUGUUGUUAUACUCAUCAGGUCCCAAUCAGCCUAAAUAGCAAAGAGAAAUUAAAAAUGCAUGCCAUGCAAGAGUUCGGGUUUUAGGAGGACACUGUGAUGUUUUUAUGACUUUUUAUGCCUCACUAUACUAUGACGAUUUUUUACG